CCAGACUCAGGUGUUCUCCUGCUCCCAGUGUCCUCUCUCCUUCACCGCCCAGAUCUACCUCCACAAGCACAUCAAGAGGUGCCACCAUGACCUGUACGUCUCUCUGCUGAGGAGUGGAGAGAUCAAGACCAGAGACUCUGUCCUCCUCUCGACCAUGCCCCAACACCACUUCCUCCCUCCCCCCGGUCCCCACCCAGGGAAGCAUGGACACGGAAAAGGCCAGACAUCACCACUGUGACCAGUGUGGGAAGAGCUUCAGUCUGUCAGGAAACUUAAAGAGACACCAGCGUGUUCACUCAGGAGAGAGGCCGUACCACUGUGACCAGUGUGGGAAGAGCUUCAGUCUGUCAGGACAUUUAGAGAUAAACCAGCGUGUUCACUCAGGAGAGAAGCCGUACCACUGUGACCAGUGUGGGAAGAGCUUCAGUCAGUCAGCAAGCUUAGAGACACACCAGCGUGUUCACUCAGGUGAGAAGCCGUUCCACUGUGACCAGUGUGGGAAGAGCUUCAGUCGUUCAGGAGACUUAAAGAGACACCAGCGUGUUCACUCAGGAGAGAAGCCGUACCACUGUGACCAGUGUGGGAAGAGCUUCAGUCAUUCAGCAAGCUUAGAGACACACCAGCGUGUUCACUCAGGUGAGAAGCCGUACCACUGUGACCAGUGUGGGAAGAGCUUCAGUCAGUCAGCAAGCUUAGAGACACACCAGCGUGUUCACUCAGGAGAGAAGCUGUACCACUGUGACCAGUGUGGGAAGAGCUUCAGUCAUUCAGGAAACUUAGAGAGACACCAGCGUGUUCACUCAGGAGAGAAGCCGUACCACUGUGACCAGUGUGGGAAGAGCUUCAGUCAUUCAGGAAACUUAGAGAGACACCAGCGUGUUCACUCAGGAGAGAAGCCGUACCACUGUGACCAGUGUGGGAAGAGCUUCAGUCGGUCAGGAAGCUUAGAGACACACCAGCGUGUUCACUCAGGAGAGAAGCCGUACCACUGUGACCAGUGUGGGAAGAGCUUCAGUCAUUCAGGAAGCUUAGAGAGACACCAGCGUGUUCACUCAGGAGAGAAGCCGUACCACUGUGACCAGUGUGGGAAGAGCUUCAGUCGGUCAGGAAGCUUAAAGAGACACCAGCGUGUUCACUCAGGAGAGAAGCCGUACCACUGUGACCAGUGUGGGAAGAGCUUCAGUCAGUCAGGAAGCUUAGAGACACACCAGCGUGUUCACUCAGGAGAGAAGCCGUACCACUGUGACCAGUGUGGGAAGAGCUUCAGUCAGUCAGGACACUUAAAGACACACUUUUGUUUUGGGAAGACUAGAGAUCCUGGACUCUAGAUCUCACUUAAUAAUCCAACUUAUAUAAACAUAGGAAAUGUAUGUAUUUGUAUUCAUUAUUUAAAGUAUAAUUGUACAUA